UUAUGAACUAGAGGAGGGGGUGUUCCCUGCUCCGACGCCCUGCUGGGACGUCCAGUCAAAGUCUGGACUGUUGCGGCCGUGAUGGGCCUAAGGAUUGGGGGCAGGUUAUGCCUCUCGUCCUUUUGUGCAUGUUGGUUUCACCUCGAAGAGGUUACUUAUCCCCCGGACCACGAAAAGGUCUGCACAGGACUCGUCUAGGAGACGUAGCCCUCCCGGGGGACUUCGGCUUAUCACGCAGGUAUGACUCGGAGGCCGGUCCCCGUCUGGAACUGCCUAUCCUAGGUGGUGAUAGGAGCGCUCCGGAGCAUCAGGGAACAUCAGGUUAUGUUCCCUGCGAUCCCAUGCCUACUGAUGUCACACGGUGUAUUACAUCGGUAACUUGAUUCGGGAGUAUUUUUUGCGAAAGUACACAAACCUGGGUUUCAUUCGGCCAUUAGUCGACGACAUGGUCCGCGAUAAUCCAGCAGAGCGACCGACGAUGGACGAAGUCG